AUGUUAGCUCGGACCCCAGCAAUUCAUGUACAUGGCUUGCCGGAGAGAAUCAUCGGAUUGUUUUCUCCUUUCUUCUCCACCGAGCAAUCCUCCGACAUCGGAACCGAGGAUGCCGGAAAGAGGACGGAGAUCAGCAGGAUCGGCGCCGGAACCGGAGGAACUGAACGCCUUUUUGCCUUGCUGAAAGGAUUUGAUGCCGGACUUCAGUUUGUGACCUUGAUCGGUGUGGCCGUUGGCAACGGCAACACCGGCGGUCAUGAAUACACGACUCAAAUAACUCAUUUAUGGUGA